AUGUAUAUCUAUUAUUACUUAACAAUGAAUAAUGAAGAGAGGGUAAUACUAGUCACUGGAGGCUCCGGUCUUGUAGGCCAGGCUAUUAAAACAAUAGUUGAAAAAGAGAGACAAGAUGCUUUGGUUGAAUCAAAAAAUGAAGUGUGGAUAUUUUGCGGUUCAAAGGAUGCAGACCUCAGAGAUAAAGCAAAGACUGAGGCACUAUUUGAAAAACAUAAACCUACUCAUGUGAUUCAUUUGGCAGCUAUGGUGGGUGGGUUGUUCCAUAACAUGGCACAUAACUUGGAUUUUUUUAGAGAGAACAUGGCAAUAAAUGAUAAUGUUUUGUACGCCAGCUAUAAGUAUAAUGUGAAGAAGGUAGUGUCUUGCCUUUCCACAUGUAUCUUCCCUGACAAAACUACUUACCCAAUAGAUGAGACUAUGGUGCACAAUGGACCGCCCCACUCUUCAAAUUAUGGUUACAGUUAUGCAAAAAGAAUGAUCGAUGUUUUAAACAGAGGGUACCACGAACAACACGGCUGCAUGUUCACGUCGGUGGUGCCGUGCAACGUGUUCGGUCCGCACGACAACUUCACGCUCGCCGCCAGCCACGUCAUACCCGCGCUCGUGCGACGCAUGGACGACGCGAUGCGGAACGGUGAUCCAACAUUCACAGUCCUUGGCAGCGGGAAGCCAUUGCGACAGUUCAUUUACUCGUUGGACCUCGCCCGCCUCUUUAUCUGGGUGUUAAAAAACUACACGAGCGUGGAGCCCAUCAUUCUGUCAGUGGACGAAGAAGAGGAAGUGACGAUCGGCGAAGUGGCGGAAGCAAUAAAGAAGGCCCACGGGUAUCAAGGUCAGAUAGUCUACGACACCACGAAGGCUGACGGGCAAUACAAGAAAACCGCGUCGAAUAAGAAACUAAGGUCUUUGUACAAGGACUUCAAGUUUACGCCGUUCGAGAAGGCCAUCCAGGACACCGUGGACUGGUUCAAGCAAAACCGAGAGCAUGCGAGGACGUAG